CCUUAAGCGCGUGCGCGUUGGCAGCAUUGUGUCCGCGAUCAAAUUGUGAGGAGCGAGUCCGUGGGAGGCUGCCGUAGAGUGUGUUGUUGCGGGCGUCCGAACAAAUAAAUAAACUAUCUAUGAGACUUGAGUGUCGUUAGCCCCCUUUUGAGUGUUUGGUGCCCCCAAGUGUCCCCAGCUGGUUCUUUAGUGAUUUCAGUGUCAUUAGGAUUGAAAACAAAGAUCCUGUCCGACCGAACAAAAACAAAGACUUUUAUCUAAUCGAAGCGGAUUAUGGAGGGAAUCCGAUAACGGCAUUGUUCCAGCCUUAGAUCAUAUCGUUUUACACCAUGGUGCUCAUCACCGACCGCCAAAAAAUCAACCUGGUGAACCUCCUGGUGACCGUCUGCGUCGUCGUCAUCGCCGUGGACGUCUCCUCGGGGAGUUUCGCCACUCGUAUCAAUAAAAUUAGCGAGAAUUUGGACAAAGCCUUGUCGCAAGUCAUUCACCAAACGCCGAAUUACACCGAUUUGACGGAUAAUGCCACUUAUGUCAGUGAUGCAAGUUUCAAUCCUCGAGGAAUGGAAGGGCUGUAUAAUUUCACCAAUGCCUUCAUGGAGCUGAUUUUUUCAAAGGAGAUUUAUCCGGAAGGUUUUAUUCGAAUCGAAAAUAACCGGAUCCAGAUCGGAGACAUUGAAAAGGAGUGGAAAAGUCUCUUGAAGAAAUACGUGGGCCUUUUGGUCAUGGUCAUAAUUUUGGCUCUGCUCAUUGUGUUUAUGCCGUUUUGUGGCUUGUGUUUCUGCUGCUGCAGGUGCUGCGGCAAGUGCGGGGCGAGGUCGCAGCCCUUUGACAAAAAACACGACCUCUGUAAGAAGUUCGUGCUCGCGACGGUGCUCAUUGGCCUGGGGACUUGUCUCCUGUUUGGCGUCGUUUGUGCAUUUGUAAGCAACCAGCAGAUGGAGGAGGGGGUUGGCAAUUUGUCGCAAAAUCUGCGCAAAGGCGUCACCGAUGUCGACACUUAUCUUGAUACAACCAAAAAGCAGAUCGAGACUCUCCUGAAGAAAAAUUACGGAGAGUUUGAGUUUGUCUUGACCAAAAUGAUUGAUAACAGCACGGCGGCCGUUUAUGGCGAAUUGGUGAAUUAUUCGAAUGCGAUUUCGAUGACUGAGGUCGCAAAUAUUGUUGAAGCACUUCCUGCAAUUGAGGAAAAAUUUAUAACGUUGAAGUAUUCGACGAAUUCGUUACGUGUCUAUGCUUCACAGUUGAAUGACGCUGUUAGGAAAGUCAAAAAAGAUAUGUUGCAGAUUUUACGAUCGUCUGACUGCGACCGAAUCGCCAAAUGUAAAGAAAUCAACCAAAAUAUUAGCUCAUUGCAAACUAACAUCCACUUCAACAGUUACAUUGAUAGGUACUUCCCUAAGCUCCCCGACAUAACGGACAAAAUCGCCAAACUGGACGAAAUCACCAAAAACCAAACCCUCAUCGACGCCGUCACCAAAGGCAAGAACGCCCUCGAAGACAUCAAAGUCAAAAUCGGCGAUAAAGUCAACGCGACCUUAGACAAAGCCCACGAAAAAAUCCAAGAAGCCGGCGACCAAAUUCGCCACGGCGCCGACAACGUCACCCAGGUCAUCACCGAACUCAAGACAAAAAUCGACACCAACACUAAACCGGUCCUCGACACAUCCGAACGCUACAUAAAACAGUACAGUUUUUACCGAUACUAUGCCGCUUUGGCGAUCAGUUGCUUGCUGCUUCUGAUCACGAUCUUCAUCACUCUGGGCCUGGUUUGCGGGAUCUGCGGCAAACGGCCCGAAGGCUACGGGGACGACUGUUGCAACAAAGGGGCCGGAAGCCAAUUUCUGAUCUGCGCUGUGUUGUUCAUGUUUCUGACGGGGUUUGUGGUCGCCGUUGUCGUCCUGGCGUUGUUCAUGGUCGGGGUCGUGACCCAGCGGGUGGUUUGUGACCCGAUGCGCGAUCCCGCCAACUCGCAAGUGUUCGAUUUGGUCGACAGAUUGGAUUUCUCCAACUACGGCAUUCACAUAACCGCCAGUGAGGCCUUGGGGAAGUGCUAUCGCAACAGGAGCAUCUACGAGGUGGCCAAUCUGGCCGAUAAAUUCAACCUGGCCGAAGUGAAAAACUACUUGAACUCGUAUGGGAUUAACCAGACUUUGGCAGAGCUGGACAUUGGGUCGCUGGAUAUUCUGGACGAUUUUACGCUUUUGGGCGAGAAAGACAAGGAGCUGUUGGAGUCGUUUGCAGUCUCCGGCUUUGCCGAAAUUAAUUUUGACGAGUUCAAAGAUUUGUUGAGCACGAACUUUACCACGGUUAAUUUGACCGAUCUGGCUAACGAAGUGGGGGGUUUGAUACAAGAAUUACAAAAGUACGAGAACGUUGAUCAACUGAUUGAAGACUUGCAAGUCAGCAAAAUGAACAUUGAAAUGUACGAGGAUAAAAUUGUGGAGCCGAUGAUCAAAAAUGCCUCGGCUGUGAUCGAUUUGGCCAAGGAUAUAGAAAGAGAUCUCAGGUUGAAUCACAGCUCGUUUAGUGACGCCAUGCAAGCGUUGUUAAAUGAACUGGAACAGGCUGAGAACAUUUUAAAAAUCAAUGGAACUGAUUUCCUAAAUACGACUGUCAUCGAAUUCACCACUGGAAUUGUCAAUCUUGUCCAAACUUACAUCGACCGAGUGGUCACUAAAACCGAGCUAGAGGUGGGUCAAUGUGGGCCCUUGAGUAUAGUGAUCAAUGCAACGUUAACAUCAACCUGUGACAAAAUCCUAACACCUUGGAACGGUUACUGGUUUGGUCUCUUCUGGUCGCUCCUUCUGUUCAUUCCCACAAUCAUAGUUUCGGUUAAGUUGGCCACGCUGUACCAGAAACACAGUCCGUAUUCGCGCGAUCUGGUCGAAGCCGAAUAUUUGUAUGAUGCGUAUGUCGAUCGGGACAACAUACCGUUGAAUAGCAGGAAUGGGAAGGCGAAGAAGAAGAACAAGAAGCACAAGCGUUACGAAGACCGGCCGAUUCCGUCAGCUGGCGGCGACAUGGUGGCACGUGAAUACGCAGCCGGGUCGAACCAAGACGCCAGAUAUGCCGACAUGGCACCCAAGCAAUGGGAGGACUUUCCGGCCGGGGGGCCCCCGCAGUACCAGAGGGCGCCCACCGAGUACGAGAGACCGCCCCCGUAUUAUUACCCCGGUGCUGGGGAAACCGCUCAGUAGACUGACUCGCCCCCUGAUGGAGAACUGCACAGACUGACUCAGCAUUUUAUCUCAUCGUCGUUUAUUUUCUCAUUCCUGUGAAGAGUUGACGAUCAAACAAACUUUGUGAUUGUAUGACAGGGAGCAACUUUUUUAUUUUAUAAUUGUGAUAUUUGUGACUGCCAAAGUUCAAAAGUGUUGCCGGUUGUGGGUACAAUCAUGAAGUCGAGGGUCUAGCACAAUUUUGCUCAAGUGUGGUUUGAAAGGUGUACAUAGAUAUUUUCAUAAUCGAUGUGUUAUUGUUAUCUCAAUUUUUCGAUAGUUCUAAUUGUAUAAUUCGCUUAAGGGGCACGAUCUAACCGAUUCCAAAGUACUCCUAACUGUUGUGCUCAUUGUUUCAUCAUAUACAGCUGUAGCCAAUUUGCCAUAUUCUUACUUGUACAUGUAUUUAUAUUAGCAUGUUAAUAAUAAUUCCAAUGUUUAUAAA